UGUGAAUUUUGUUAUAUUCCUGGAGUGACCCAAAAUACACGAACAUGAAAAAAACAUUGCCGGCACUGAUUUUUUUAAAAUGGAAUUUCUUUGAAAAUUAGAUAAAUUAUGACAGCGUUUUGUCGCUAACCCCCUGACAAUGCUUGUAUAUGAUAAACAUUAUAUGGUUAUACUUAUCUCCAUGCGGAAAAUGAACAGCAUGUGAAGUUUCACUCCAAACCACUAGGUGGGCACAGCACCUUUGAAAGAAGAAUAGAAAGCCAAAGAAGAUAUUUCAACGCUCAUGACGUCACACGUUCUCCGCCACAACAAAGAUGGAGGAGUAUGUUCGCGAGCCUUGCCCUUGGAGGAUAGUGGAUGACUGCGGCGGUGCCUUCACCAUGGGUGCCAUCGGCGGGGGGGUGUUUCAGGCCAUCAAGGGCUUCCGGAACGCCCCGGCGGGAGUCGCGCACCGACUGAAAGGCAGCGGAAACGCAGUGAAGUUGAGAGCGCCGCAGAUUGGAGGAAGCUUUGCGGUAUGGGGAGGCCUCUUCUCCACCAUUGACUGCGGUUUAGUACGCCUGAGAGGAAAAGAGGAUCCUUGGAACUCCAUAACGAGCGGCGCCUUGACGGGCGCCGUCCUGGCGUCGCGCAGUGGGCCAUUAACCAUGAUGGGCUCCGCCGUGAUGGGAGGAGUUCUGCUCGCCCUCAUUGAAGGUUUUGGAAUCCUUCUAACGAGAUACACAGCGCAGCAGUUUCAGAACCAAAUUCCCUUGGCGGAGGAUCCCAGCCAGUUGCCUCCAAAGCACGAAGACCGGGAGGCGGCGGCGGCGGCGCAAAGUCACUUUCAGUAGCGUCACGCGGGGACAGCAGUCGACACACUCAGUUGGGUUCAGCCCGGCGCCGCAUGAACUUCGCAGCAGGUACCGCCAUGAUGAAGACGUUGAGAAAGGGGCUCCGACUGGUGCGGAAAUACCAUUUACCUCACACGGAAAUGACCGUGAAUUGUCAUUCGGCGUGAUGGAAGUAUUGAUACAGGACAACCUCGGUUCUCGACCACAAUUCGUUCCAGAAGGCGCUUCGAGAAGUGAUUUGUUCGAAAACCGAAUCGAUAUUUCCCAUUACAAUCAAUGGAAAAAGAAAUAAUGCGUUCCAAGUCUAAAAAAUUUGGCUUUUUAAAGCAAUGUUUUUUUUUUUUUAGCUUUUCUUGAUAAUAAAGUGCACAGUAGAAAUGCAUGUAUAGUUUAAAUACUUUAUACAAUAUAAUUUAAGAAAUAUCUUUAUUUUUUGCUUAAAAUGUAUGCUGUAGUAGUAGAGUAGGCUAGGCUGUGAUUACCGUAUCGGUAGCGACUCGGCCCCCAGCCUUGUUAACUUUUUUUUAAUCAACAAAAGUGCAGAAUAACUUUAAAUAAGCAAUAAUGAGGGGAAAAGAUAUAUAUAUAUUUUGACAAAAAUUAACAUAGAAAAACAUUAACUCGUAAUUCGAGUUAACGAAAUCUUUGAAACAAAACAAAAAUGCAGACAUGCUAAUGGAACAGAGCAUUAUUAAAGUUCGCAAGAAAUAAAGCAAUGCAAAUCUCUUGGGGUGGGGGUGACCCGCCGCCGCCUGGAAGUUUUUUUCUUUUCCCAAAGAACUUCUUCUUUGGAGCUACGAUUGGGGGUUCAUAGUCCUCAGUAAAUGGAGCUACCGGAACACGUCUGCGUACAGAGGCCGCGUCGUGGGUCAGCUGGUCGGGCCGCGCGCCUUAUGUUAUUUCCGGGUUUUGUCGGGGCCGUUCGGGUAUCAAUUUUCGUUCAAAAACAGAAGCAGAAAAAAAAAUCUCAAAAUUUUCGUUGGAAAACCGAUUUGUCCGAGAACGGGGACGUUCGAGAACCGAGGACUCUCUGUACUUCAUUCCACACAAAUACUGUACGGAGUGUCGACUUUUUUUUCUUUUUUUUUUUUUUUUUACCUCAGGCGGAAAUAAUUGUGAAUUGUCGUGCGAGGAGAUGCAAAUAUUUUUGACUGAAUACAGAUGAUAUAGAUUUACACAAAUAUGCAGUUGACAUUUGAUAAAUACGAUGUAUCAGGUUAUUGAAAGAUAUUUGUGCAACUGCCUUUUCGGCAUGGUGGGAAUUAUUCCUGUCAAAGGACGCCAGCUGCCACACCAAAAAACAAAAGGUCGCGAUCACGCUAUAACGUGAUAUGUUUCACGUUAUAAUGUGGUUAAUUACCCAUUAUAACGUGAAUCAUUUCAUGUUAUGACAUAAUUCAUUUCACAUUAUAACAAACAUUUCGCGUUAUAACGUGAAAUGAACCACUUUGUAACAUGUAAUUUAUCACGUUAAAACAUGAAACAUAGCACGGUAAAACCUGAAAAGUUGGCGUCAACCGGUAGCGACCAUGUGGUCACUCGCAUCCUUCCAAGGUGGCAUACAGGAAGACACAGCUGGAUUUGGCGAGCUUUUUUACGGAGAUUACCUCUUAAGCGUGGAGCAAGAACAUGUAAUAGAACCGGAAGUAACUGCCUUUUUUUGGGGGGGGGGGGGGGGGGCAAGUGUAGAGGGGUGUAAUUUAGUUAUUAUUUACUACGUUAUAACAUGAAAGAAAUCACAUUAUAAUGUAGAUCAUAUCAUGUUAUAACAUGAAAGUUUCACACUGUAACAAGAAAUGAAUGACGUUACAAUGUGAAACUUUUCACUUUUUCACAUUAUAACGUUUAAUUAACCACAUUAUCACAUGAAAAUCCCGUUAUAAUGUGAUAGCGUUUUUUGUUUUUGUUUGUUUUUUGGUAUGGCAUGGCAGCGAUACGCUUCCGUGGUGUCGCGUCACGUUAAGAAACUUGAAAAAAAGUUUGACUUAUUUAUGAAUGUUUUAAAAGUAUUUUUGAGAACAUUGUCCUCGUUACAAUAGACAGGAAAUCUAUUGAGCUUGUGUACUGCACGUUUUGUGGUCGUAUUUUCAUCAGUUUUGUCCCAUUUUUCAAGCGUUUCCCAACCUUAAUUUAGUGCUAAGUAAAAUCCUUGAAGUCCCUUGAAAAUGUAUCCACAAGGGGGUGCAAUUCCCGUGCGCACCAAUGAUUGGCAGACCGGUGAAAAAGUAUUGCCCCCCCCCUUCUCAAAUGCUUAUUUUUUUCCAUACAUUCCAACUUGAAUGUUUAGGAUCAUCAAAUAAGUGUAAAUGUUGGACAAAUAUAACCCACGUGAACUUAAAAUGGUGAGUUCAUUUCUUUAAAAAAAUACAUCUAUCCAACGUUACCUUGAAGUACUGACUUAUUUGUUUAUUUAUUAUUCAAUUAUUAUUUUAAAUGGUUAAAUAUGUGGCUGGUCCCAAUUUUCUGGUUGAUUUUCACUGAUGACACGCAAGCCUGGUUCCCUCCGGACGUGUUCAAUCAAAAAAUGUCUUGAACAGAACCUUUCCGACAAAAUCAAAUCAGACAAAAAAAGCUGGCACAAAAAAUGCGCAGUCCGAAAAAUUCAGGAACAUUCAAGAAAUUGUGCGAUUGCUAAGGGUCGUUCUGGAAAGGGUCACAAAAGGCAUUUGUGAAGAUUUGGUAUUGCAGGGAACCGUACCUCAAAUGGUGAUACUGUUCAGGGGAACCUUCGCAGGAAUGGCCGGCCUACAAGGAUUAGCCCAGAAAAGAAAAGCAGUGAAGAACUGGAAAACCACGAAAGAAAGAUUGUCUUUGUUUUCCUUCAAUGCAAUCUCAAUUUUAAGCAUUUUGCUGUAUCGAGUGUCUUAUUUGCUUACGAUAUUUAUUCAAGUAGCUAAAAUGAAUAAAGACGUGACGUGUUCAA